UACCUCAACACUCGGUUUGUGUCCUGCUUGUGAGAACACCGAACUGCUGUAGACGGAGAGUCUAAAUAUUCAGAGAUGGGUUUUGGGGAGGACCUUUGGUGCCCCCAGGCACAUUCAGCUGUCAUGCGGCUGCUGGACUCAGAGCUUCACCUAAUGGAGGUCAUGAAGAAGUGGAUGGGGCAGCGGGCUAAAAGUGAGCGUGAGUUUUCAGUGCAGCUGCACCACAUGACUGCCAUAGUGGAGAAGCUAGACCGGCCUCAGCUCGGUGCAGGACUGGACUACAUCAGCCAGCUCAACAAGUCUUGGGGAGUGCUGGUCUCUCAGACGGACAGUCUUAGUCAGGUGAUGAAGAAAUGCUCCGAGGAUCUGCUGGAUGGUCCCAUCAGCAAACUGACACUGCUCAUCAGAGACAAACAGCAGCUCCGCAAAACCUACUCCGAGCAGUGGAACCUGCUGAAGCAGGAACUGAGCAAGGUAACCCAGACAGAGCUGGAGAGGCUGAAGAGCAGCUACAGACAGGCAGUGAAAGAUGCAGCUCAGGCUAAGAGGAAGUACCAGGAGGCAAAUAAAGAUAAAGAACGAGACAAGGCUAAAGAACGUUACAUAAAGGCCUCACUGAAACUCUACGAGCUGCAUAAUGAUUAUGUACUGUCUGUGCGAGCGGCUCAAGUUUACCAUCAGCACCACUACAGUCAGAUUCAGCCUGCACUGCUCAGUGCACUGCAGACUCUGCAGCAGGAGAUGGUGCUCAUACUAAAGGAGAUCCUGCAGGAGUACUUCGAUAUCUCCACUCUCCUCCACCAUGAAGUUGUGCGGAUCCACAGGGAGAUGUCUACUGCUAUAACUGCAAUUGAUCCUCACAGCGAAUAUGAGAGCUUCAUCCACCAGAACAGGUCUGUAGGGGAGAUUCCUGCCUGUGCAGACUUUGAUUGCAGUCUUCUGGAGGACACUGAGCAGCUAAAUCCCAGAGAGAUCGAACUGAACGACCUCACGCUGGAGACAAUACAACACAAACUGACUGCGGUAGAGGAGGAACUACUGGAUUUGGCGCGGACUCUGGCCUCCCAGCAGACCUCGCUCGAACAUCUGGAGCUGGAGCUGGAGGCAGAGCAGGAAGGUGUCAAGAAGGGCCAGAGGGUCUAUCAGUUCAGCAAGAGACAUGCAAUGGAGGAGUCCCGGCAGCAGGUUGCUCUGUCUCAGGGCAUGAGAGUCAAGCUGGAGGUUCAGAGGCUUCAUCUGAAGGAGAAACUGGACCAGCUCGGCUCAAAAGAACCUCCCUCUGCUCUAAAGUUGGAUGCAGACACUGUCUCACUUUCUUCCAACGCUAGUAGUGAUCACGGCCAAACCUCCACCAAACUCCUCAUGGACGGGAUUUUAAACAAUCUGAGUGGCCUAUUUAAAUCCAAAUAUGAGGUGCUUCCGGGCCUUAACACUGUGCAGGAGGUGGAUCGUCCUUUGGGGCAGCAGGACUGGUACCACGGAGCCAUCCCCAGACUUGAAGUCCAGCAGCUGUUGAAGAAUGAUGGAGACUUCUUGGUGAGGAAGAGUCACGAGAAGCAGGGUUAUGUGCUCUCUGUGCUUUGGGAUGGAGCCUGCAAGCAUUUUCUCAUUCAGAACAUGGAUAAUAUGUACCGUCUGGAUGGAGACAGCUUCCACAGUAUCCCACAGCUGAUCCAUCAUCUACUAUCAUCACGACAACACAUCACCAAGAAGUCUGACAUAAUGCUGAAGAGACCUGUAGUAAAGGACAAGUGGGUCCUGGAACACGAUGAUAUUAUCUUGGGAAACCUCAUUGGACGGGGUAACUUUGGAGAAGUGUACAGUGGUCAUUUACGCUCUGAUAACACUCCUGUAGCAGUAAAAUCCUGUAAAGAGAACCUGGCCCCGGAGCACAAAAGCAAGUUCCUGAUGGAAGCCCGAAUCCUGAAGCAGUACAACCAUCCUAACAUUGUGAAGCUGAUAGGAGUGUGCACUCAGAAACAGCCCAUCUACAUCAUCAUGGAGCUCAUUCAAGGUGGUGAUUUUCUGUCCUUCUUGCGGCAUGAGGGUCCCAGUCUGAAGCCUAAGUUGUUGGUCAAAAUGACAGAAAAUGUAGCAUCUGGCAUGGAGUACCUGGAGAGCAAGAAGUGUAUCCACAGAGACCUGGCAGCAAGAAACUGUCUGGUUGCAGAGGGCAACUUGGUGAAGAUCAGUGAUUUUGGGAUGUCCCGGCAGCAAGAUGAUGGUGUCUACUCUACAGAGGGCGGCCUCAGACAGAUCCCUGUCAAAUGGACAGCUCCUGAAGCCUUGAACUAUGGUCGUUAUACCACAGAGAGCGAUGUCUGGAGCUUUGGUGUCUUACUGUGGGAGACCUUCUCCCUGGGAAUGACGCCCUACACAAGCAUGACCAACCAACAGACACGAGAUGAGGUGGAGAGAGGAUACCGCAUGCCUGCUCCACACAGCUGCCCUGUGGAAAUCUCCAGGAUAAUGAAUAGCUGCUGGCACUACGAACCCCGAAACAGGCCGUCUUUCAAGAAACUCCGAACUGAACUCAGUGUCAUAUACAACAAAAUGUUUUAACACAAGCCAGUGUGUAUUGGAUUAGAUGUACUGAAGACUUGGGUGUUUUUCUUUGAUCUGUAAUUAAAUCUGUAACUGUCUUGUCUGUGAUUUUGUUUUGUUUUUCUGAAAAUAUGUGAAAAUCCAGUCUGAACACA